AUGGGCGGAGGGCGCGGGGCGACCUGCGCGAGGCCUGCGCAGCCACCGCACUCCCGCCUGCUCGCGAGCCUGUGGCGGUGGCGCGCUUGUGCGCUGCGGCUUGCCCGUGCUCGGUCCGUAAGGGGGCACGUGCGGCCGCUCGUCUGGCUCGCCGCCGGCUGCUCGGCUCUCGCGCUGCUCCGCGGCGUCAUCCUGCGAGUGCUCGCCGCCGUCGCCUCGGCGCUGACGUCGCUCCUCGGCCUCGUCCGGCGUGGAGCCCGGCCGCGUGAGCUCGCUGGCCAUGCCGUUCGCGGCCUCCGAGCAGAAGUCCAGCAGGGCGGCCCGCGCCGCGAGCCGCCGCCAGCGUGCGCUGGGUCGCCGCCGCGGACCGCCGGCGCCUGCACCGCGGGGCUGGAGCGGUGCGGCGGGAAGGUGUGCGGGCCUCGCUCGGAGGCCGAGCGACCGCGGGAGGCGGGCGGGCCGCAGCGGCGGCAGCCGCACGCCGAGGCGCCGCCCCGGAGCGGGCGGCCGCGCCUGGGCGACAUCGUCCGCCUCGGCCCGGGGUCGCCCCGCGAGUUCCACCAGCGCCUGGCGGUGGUGACGGGGCUGGCGGAGGCUCACUGCACCGUGGUGGUCCUCGAUCCGUCAAGGCGAUACGGCGUCGGCGAGUGCUGGCCGGGCUUCGACGACGUCGUGGCGGUGAGCAGCGCCCUGCGCGUGGGCGAGAGGGUGACGAUUGCCGGGCUCCGGGGCGCAAAGACUCGGCACCUCAACGGGCUCACGGGCACGAUCAGGCCUCAUCCUCGCAGCGGGCACCCCACUUUUGUGCACAAGGCGUCAUCGCCCGACCAGCCGCAGCUCGCAGUCUGCGUGGGCCUCGACGACCCCGAGCGCGCGGGGGAUUCCUCCGUGCUCUUGGAGUCACGGUUCCUGCAGCCGCGCGAGGAGUGUCUCGCGAUUGCCGCGCAGGAUUUGGACGAUGUCUUGGCUUCCAUGAGCACCGUGGCAAAAUUGGCCAGCCCUGGGAAGUCCCUCGCAUCGCUGAUGGACAGCUACUUGGGAGAGCCAUUGAGGGGCAGCAUCGCCUCGGGCCCGGCGCUGUGCGUGAUCGCUUGCUUGUGCUGGCACGCCAGCGCGAUGCGCGAAGUGCGCUCCGCGCUGGCGCUCUCCCGAGGCCUCCUGGCGCUGCCGCGCGGCGAGACCACCUGGCAGCUGACCCAGGAGGGGGCCCGGCUGCAAUCCCUCAGCAGCGUGCGGCUCGCCCUCAGUAUGGUCCUCUGCGCGGCCCGGCUCCUCCUGCUCGGGGUGCUCACCUGCUGUGGCACGAUGUUCCUGGUCGCCACCCUGGACGCGCCCGAGCUGCUGCUACGGGCCCUCGCCGCCCGCGCCGUCCUUGAGGUGGGCGAGCUCGUGAUGUCUGCCGCAGCGCCGCCGCCCUUCGCGAAGGAGCGCCAGCGCAGCACCCCGCACUGCUCAGCCAGAGCAGGCAUGACGGACCAGAAGGAAGUCAACAAUUGCUUGCCUCGCCAGCCCGAAGGCACGUCUCGACGAACGGAACGUCGGCAGGUCACAAAGCCACGAGCGACCAUACCAGGAUGGGUAUCAUCGCAGCGGCCCUAGUCCAACUCUCCCACAUAAUGCGCACGACGGUUUUCCUCCAUAUGACCGGCCGGGAAUUGGGCACAAAUACACGUACACCAGCUAGAACGGUCACAUUGGCAUUAUCAUUGCCGUCACGAGUGGGAAGCCGAUUAGUUUUGUCGCGACAUUCAUGGUAAGAACGAUUGUGCCC